AUGGUGCUGAUCACCAACCUGAUCUUAGCACAAUCAGGGACAAUUGCAGCUGGACCGUGCGUAAUCGAAUCUAAGCGUGCGAUCAAGUACCUGGGGGUGAUGAUCGACGACCGGCUGAGUUUCACGGUCCACGUCGACUACGCCUGUCAAAGAGCGGCAAUGGCAACAGCAGUCCUCUCACGGGCCAUGUCGAACUACUCGGCGAUCCGCUGCAGCAGACGGAGGGUCCUGACGAGUGUGACUUCGUCCAUUUUGCGGUACAGUGCGGCAGUUUUGAACAGGCAGAAUAAUCUGCAAAAGCUCUGCAGUGUGGAACCAGACUUACAUAAGACUUUACCUUCUGCGUAUGCCGAGCUGCCUGCUCACUGUUAG